AGAGAUGGCUCUUGUAAUGAAGAGAGAAUACGGUAAUUACUCGAAACUGGAUAACGAAGAUCCGGAAGAGACGCAGCACCGUUUGGCGCAGUUCUUGAUCUACAAGGCUAUGCAGAGGGCUGACAGCAGUAAUAGAAGAAGGCCUUCAUGGCUGAGAGUGAAGAUGUUCAAGUUGAAGAUCAAGUUUGGUAAGAGAUUGAGGAAUCUUAAGAAGGGCUUAUCUGCAAAUGUUUUUUCUUCCAAGGGUCGUUUCUGCAAACAGAUUAGUUCUGUCCUGAAAUCUUGCAAGCACUUGUUGCAUGGCAAACAGGGCACUGUGGCUGGGGCUCUCCCACCAAUUUUUUGAACAUUUGUUUUUGAUUUCUCCUCUGUUUUGUCCAUUAAGAAAAUGAGAGUGGUGACAGAAGUAUACUUGGGGCGUGUUUGGCUUCAAAAUUAAAAGCCUAAUUGUGUUAUAGUUUUUUUGUACUUGAACAAGAAAAAAAAAAAAGGGUUAAUAUAAUGUUUCUGCUUUAAUUUGAUAA